GAAUAAGAGAGCACUCGCUGCACCACGUCUUGCACCACGCGUGACCGUAUCCGCGCCAAGAUUUAUUAGUAUGUCAGCAAUCAGCAAAUCAGAGUUCAGAGAAGAAAAGGACACUUUUGGUCCACUCAGAGUACCAUUAGACAGAUAUUGGGGUGCACAAACCCAGCGUUCACUCCAAAACUUCGAAAUCGGUGGUGAACAAGCUAGAAUGCCUGUACCAUUAACCAGAGCAUUCGGUGUUCUCAAGAAAGCAGCUGCUGCUGUCAACAUGACCUACGGUUUGGACGAGAGAAUCGGUAAAGCAAUCAUGGAAGCCGCAGAUGAGGUCGCUACAGGAAAGCUCGACUCACACUUCCCAUUGGUCGUAUUCCAGACUGGUUCAGGUACCCAAACUAACAUGAACUCAAAUGAAGUCAUUAGCAACAGAGCUAUCGAAAUUUUGGGCGGCAAACUCGGUAGCAAAGACCCAGUACAUCCAAACGAUCAUGUCAACAUGUCUCAAUCUUCUAAUGACACUUUCCCAACCGCUAUGCAUGUUGCUGCCGUUUUAGAACUCAACAACUCACUCUUACCAAACUUGACUACUUUGAGAAAUGCACUCGCUGACAAAGCUGAAAGCUGGUCAAAUAUCAUCAAGAUUGGUAGAACUCACUUGCAGGAUGCUACUCCACUCACUCUUGGUCAAGAAUUCGGCGGUUACGCCCAACAACUCACUUACGGUAUUGAGAGAGUUGAAGCUGUCAUCCCAAGACUUAGCUUGCUCGCCCAAGGUGGUACUGCUGUAGGUACCGGUUUGAACACCCGCAAAGGUUUCGAUGUCAAGAUCGCAGAGGAGAUCACCAAGAUUACCGGUGUUCAAUUUAAGACUGCACCAAACAAGUUCGAAGCAUUGGCCGCUCACGACGCUAUCGUCGAAGCUUCUGGUGCGCUCAACACACUCGCCGCAUCUCUCUUCAAGAUCGCACAAGAUAUCAGAUUCUUAGGUUCAGGUCCAAGAUGUGGUUUAGCUGAAUUGUCACUCCCAGAGAAUGAGCCAGGUUCAUCAAUCAUGCCUGGAAAGGUUAACCCAACUCAAUGUGAAUCAUUGACAAUGCUUUGCACCCAAGUUUUCGGUAACCACACAGCUAUCUCUUUCGCAGGUAGCCAAGGUAACUUUGAGCUUAACGUAUUCAAGCCAGUUUUGAUCUCAAACUUACUCACCUCAAUUAGAUUGUUGGCAGAUGGAUGCAGAUCAUUCACCAACAACUGCGUAGUCGGUAUCGAACCAAACGAGUCAAAGAUUAAAGCAAUCAUGAACGAAUCACUCAUGUUGGCAACUUGCUUGAACUCCGAACUUGGUUACGAUAAUGUCGCAAAAGCAGCUAAGAAGGCACACAGUGAGGGUCUCACCCUUAAAGACUCAGUACUCCAACUUGGUUUACUCACUUCCGAACGCUUUGAUGAGCUCGUCAGACCAGAAUUGAUGAUUUCACCAAAGGAUUAAAUAAUUUUUGAUACAUAAAUCUCUAUACAUUGAUUGAA